CUUCUGUCCUCCUGUAUUCAUUGUGUCUGAUUGGCUGAUAACAGCGAGAACACUUAAUUGAGAUCAGCACCACUGCACUUGUAUUUUUUGCUGUAACAGCAGUUACGUAAAAAUGAAAUCGACACUUGUGUUACUGCUGGCCCUCUACGGUUUCCUGGCACUCUUCGCGACAGCUGUCACGUCGUCAAGAUUGCGGGCUGACGAAAGGGAUAUCGAUUUGGGAGAGUCCGAUUACCAAUGUCCCGAAGGACUGUACGUGGCCCCUCACGAAACACAAUGCGAGUUGUACUACAUCUGCGCUUCGGGUGGCACUCCCACUCACUUGUAUCAGUGUCGAGACGAUCUUUUGUUUGAUCUCAAAUAUUAUGGAUGCAAUUUCAAAGAUCAAACUGAAUGCGGUGAUCUCCUAGCACCUUUUACUUGUCCGUCUCCCAGUGGUAAAUUCCCGAUCCGAGAAGGGACAUGUGAUUCGCGAUACUAUGUUUGCACCAACGACGUAGCCGAACUACAGGUCUGUCCGAACGGAGGCAUUUUCGACGCCGCUUCAUCAGCAUGUGUUGCAACUGCUUGCCCGACAACGACAACACCCGCCGUGCCGACCGCACCUGGAUUGUUUGAAUGUCCGGCACCAAGUGGAAAUUUCCCAAGUCCUUAUUCGUGCUCUCAAUACUACGUCUGUGUGGACGGAACGGCCUUACUAUUCGAAUGUGCUGCAGGACUUUAUUACAACGCCCCGCUUGAUAUAUGCGAUUGGCCCUCGAACGUGAAUUGCAUUUUGCCUACGUCGUCAGACAAGAUAUUGUAACUAGCUAAAUGAUUUUAGCCUUGAUUUUAGCCGUGACAUUAAAUCUGACUCAGUGAGAUGCGCUCCAAUUUAUAAGUCAUCGAAUUUAAGGAAAAUGUAUUGUGUGAAAUACGUCAUCGAAAACUUUUUGUUUCAAUAACGUCUUAAUAAACGAGAUAAACACAUGAA